CCGUCUCUGGCCGGCUGGGCGCGGGCGACUGCUGGCGAGGCGCGUGGAACCUCGCGCUGGUUCCUCUUCGUCUCCUCUCCCGGCCAGGCCCACUAAGGAGUUCCCUGACGCCGGGUGAGCUGAGCCUGCCGCCAAGAUGCCGGCCUAUUUCCAGAGGCCGGAAAAUGCCCUCAAGCGCGCCAACGAAUUUCUUGAGGUUGGCAAAAAGCAACCUGCUCUUGAUGUUCUUUAUGAUGUUAUGAAAAGUAAGAAACAUAGAACAUGGCAAAAGAUACACGAGCCAAUUAUGUUGAAAUAUUUGGAACUUUGCGUGGAUCUUCGCAAGAGCCACUUGGCUAAGGAAGGAUUAUACCAGUAUAAGAACAUAUGUCAACAGGUAAACAUCAAAUCUCUGGAGGACGUUGUUAGGGCGUAUUUGAAACUGGCAGAGGAAAAAACUGAAGCUGCUAAAGAAGAAUCCCAGCAGAUGGUCCUGGACAUAGAAGACCUAGAUAAUAUCCAGACUCCUGAGAGUGUUCUCCUAAGUGCUGUAAGUGGUGAAGACACUCAGGAUCGUACUGACAGAUUACUUUUAACUCCGUGGGUUAAAUUCCUUUGGGAAUCAUAUAGACAGUGUUUGGACCUACUUCGAAACAAUUCUAGAGUAGAGCGCCUCUACCAUGAUAUUGCCCAACAAGCUUUCAAAUUCUGCCUCCAAUAUACCCGUAAGGCUGAGUUCCGUAAACUGUGUGACAAUUUGAGAAUGCACUUAUCGCAGAUUCAGCGCCACCAUAACCAAAGUACAGCAAUCAAUCUUAAUAAUCCAGAGAGCCAGUCCAUGCAUUUGGAAACCAGGCUUGUUCAGUUGGACAGUGCUAUCAGCAUGGAAUUAUGGCAGGAAGCAUUCAAAGCCGUGGAAGAUAUUCAUGGGCUAUUCUCCUUGUCUAAAAAACCACCUAAACCUCAGUUAAUGGCAAAUUACUAUAACAAAGUCUCAACUGUGUUUUGGAAAUCUGGAAAUGCUCUUUUUCAUGCAUCUACACUCCACCGUCUUUAUCACUUGUCUAGAGAAAUGAGGAAGAAUCUUACACAAGAUGAGAUGCAAAGAAUGUCUACUAGAGUCCUUUUGGCCACCCUUUCCAUCCCUAUUACUCCUGAGCGUACUGAUAUUGCUCGACUUCUGGAUAUGGAUGGCAUUAUAGUUGAAAAACAACGUCGCCUUGCAACACUACUAGGUCUUCAAGCCCCACCAACGCGAAUUGGCCUUAUUAAUGAUAUGGUCAGAUUUAACGUACUACAAUAUGUUGUCCCAGAAGUGAAAGACCUUUACAACUGGCUGGAAGUAGAAUUUAAUCCACUAAAACUCUGCGAGAGAGUCACAAAGGUUUUAAAUUGGGUAAGGGAACAACCUGAAAAGGAACCAGAGUUGCAACAGUAUGUGCCACAACUGCAAAACAACACCAUACUCCGCCUUCUGCAGCAGGACCUUGAAGAAUUGGAUCCAGAUUUUAUCAUGGCUAAACAGGUUGAACAACUGGAGAAGGAAAAGAAGGAACUUCAAGAACGCCUAAAGAAUCAAGAAAAGAAGAUUGACUAUUUUGAAAGAGCUAAACGUCUGGAAGAAAUUCCAUUGAUAAAGAGUGCUUAUGAGGAACAGAGAAUUAAAGACAUGGAUCUGUGGGAACAACAAGAAGAAGAAAGAAUUACUACUAUGCAGCUAGAACGUGAAAAAGCUCUUGAACAUAAGAAUCGUAUGUCACGAAUGCUGGAAGACAGAGAUUUAUUUGUAAUGCGACUCAAAGCUGCACGGCAGUCUGUUUAUGAGGAAAAACUUAAACAGUUUGAAGAGCGGUUAGCAGAAGAAAGGCGUAAUCGUUUGGAAGAACGUAAAAGGCAACGCAAAGAAGAACGCAGAAUAACUUACUAUAGAGAAAAAGAGGAGGAGGAACAGAGGAGGGCAGAAGAACAAAUGCUAAAAGAGCGUGAAGAGAGAGAGCGUGCUGAACGAGCAAAACGGGAGGAAGAGCUGCGAGAAUAUCAGGAGCGGGUCAAGAAGUUAGAAGAAGUGGAAAGGAAAAAACGCCAAAGGGAGUUGGAAAUUGAAGAAAGAGAACGUCGUAGAGAGGAAGAGAGAAGACUUGCUGAUGAUCCACUUUCUAGGAAAGUGAGAUCAUAUGCUUUCUUAAAAAUGUGUGACUUGUUGCUCUUUAGAGAAUGGAGACGUGGAGAAGGGCGGGAUGAGGAGAGGCCUCAUAGAAGAGAUGAAGAUCGACCAAGGCGUGUAGGGGAUGAUGAAGAGCGGGAAUCUUCUCUUAGACCAGAUGAUGAUCGGAUUCCGCGGCGUGGCAUGGAUGAUGAUAGAGGGCCUAGACGCGGUCCUGAUGAAGAUCGGUUCUCUCGCCGCCCGGCAGAUGAUGACCGGCCAUCCUGGCGUAAUGCAGAUGACGACAGGCCUCCUAGACGAAUUGCUGAUGAUGACAGGCCUCCUAGACGAAUUGCUGAUGAAGACAGGGGAAGCUGGCGUCAUGCGGAUGAUGACAGACCACCUAGACGACUGGAUGAGGACAGAGGAAGCUGGCGAACAGCCGAUGAGGACAGAGGACCAAGACGUGGGAUAGAUGAGGACCGGGGGCUGAGGCGAGGAGCUGCUGAUGAAGAGCGGUCAUCCUGGCGUAAUGCUGAUGACGACCGGGGUCCCAGACGGAGCAUGGAUGAUGACCGAGGUCCCAGACGGAGCAUGGAUGAUGACCGGGGUCCCAGACGGAGCAUGGAUGAUGACCGGGGUCCCAGGCGUGGGUUGGAUGAUGAUCGAGGACCUUGGAGGAAUGCUGAUGAUGAUAGAGUUUCCAGGCGCAGUGCAGAUGAUGACAGAGGGCCUUGGAGAAACAUGGAUGAUGAUCGUAUUGCAAGACGUGGUGAUGAUGAUCGGAUUCCCAGACGGGGUGAUGACUCUAGACCUGGUCCCUGGAGACCAUUUGUCAAGCCAGGUGGAUGGAGAGAAAAAGAAAAAGCCAGAGAAGAGAGUUGGGGUCCACCUCGAGAAUUGAGACCAUCAGAAGAACGUGAAUGGGACAGAGAAAAAGAAAGAGAUAGAGACAAUCAAGAUCGUGAGGAGAAUGACAAGGACCCUGAGAGAGAAAGGGACAGAGAGAGAGAUGGGGAUCGAGAGGAUCGCUUCAGAAGACCUAGGGCUCUGAAGCUUCCUAGUAUUUACCCCAGCCUCUAUUAA